CUAUUUUUUUGUUCUCUUUAAAUUGUUGCGAUUCCACGUGCAUUUUACUACACGCUAUUAUUUUUCUAAAAAAUUCUUAAUCAACGGGGUUUUACUCAAAUUUUUCAAUAAAACUUAGCAAAUUUCAGUCCAAUAAAUAUGGGACGCAAAGCAGAAUAUAGUGAAAAGCCCAAAAAGGGACCUGGACGUAAGGCACGCAAACAAGGUCCGCCAACAUUCACCAAGAAAACAUUUGCACCCAUGGAAGAGGAGGACAAAAAGUUGACACAUCGUCAAAAGCAACGUUUGGCCAAGAGGACACAAAAUAAGGCGAUCAUAAAGCAAAAACAAAAAAUCGCUAAAGAAAAUAAAAAGAAUAAACAAAAACAAAAAGAAUAUCACAGUGAUAGUGAAGAGGAGAAUGAGUUGUUGAAUGCCACCAAUGGAGCAGCCGAAGAUUCAGAAGAGGAAUUAAGUGAAGUUGAAGAAGAGGUGGUGGUUAAGAAGAAGGGUGUUAAGACUAAAGGUUUUACCGAUGAUAAUCAGGAAUGGUUAAAACCUAAACAGAAUAAGAAGGCGUCCAAGCAAUUGAUUGAAGAGGAAGCUGAAGACGAAGAUGAUGACAAUGAGGAGGAGGAGGAAGAUGAUGAAGAAGAUGGAGAAGAUGAGGAAGAAGAGGAGGAAGCAGAUGAUGAUGAAGAAGAGGAAGAUGAUGAUGAGGAAGAAGUAUCUGAUGACGAUAAUGUUGUUAAACUAGGCAAAUUGGAUGAUCUUUCGGAUGACGAAGAAGCCAAUUCAGAUGAUGAUUUUGAUGUAUCCGGUGAUGAAGAUGAUGGUGAUGAUGAUGAUGACGAUGAUGAUGAAGAGGAUGAUGAUGAUUUAUUGCCUAUUGAAAAGCAAAAUAAGAAAUUGAAAAAACGUGAAGCUAAAGAAGCUAAAUUGGCUGCCGAAGAAAUGCAAAUGUCGGUGGACCAACAAGAUGUUUUCAAAUUCCCCGAUCCGGAAGAAGAACAAGAAUUAACUUUACAAGAUGUUCAACAACGUAUCAAAGAUGUUACCUUAGUAUUGUCCGAUUUCAAUAAAUAUCGUGACCCCAAUCAUCCACGUAGUGACUAUAUGGAGCUGCUGAAAAAAGAUUUGUGUUUGUACUACAGUUACAAUGAUUUCCUAAUGGGCAAAUUGAUGGACAUGUUUCCUUUGUCCGAACUUAUGGAAUAUUUGGAAGCAUCGGAGGUGGCUCGUCCUUUAACUAUCCGUACCAAUACCUUAAAGACUAGAAGAAGGGAUUUAGCAGCCGCCUUAAUUAAUAGAGGUGUUAAUCUUGAUCCCUUGGGCAAGUGGACUAAGGUUGGUUUGGUUAUCUACAACUCACAGGUUCCUUUAGGUGCUACACCAGAAUAUUUGGCUGGUCAUUAUAUGAUUCAAGGUGCUUCUUCUUUGCUGCCGGUUAUGGCACUUGCUCCUCAGGAAAACGAAAGAAUUUUGGAUAUGUGUUCGGCUCCCGGAGGUAAGGGUUCUCAUAUUGGUGCAAUUAUGAAGAAUACAGGUGUAUUGUUCGCCAAUGACUUUAAUAAGGAUCGUGUUAAGGCUGUUGUAGCCAAUUUCCAUCGUUUGGGUGUUGUAAAUUCCAUUGUUUCUUGUGAGGAUGGCUGCAAGUUCAGACAAAUUAUGACCGGUUUCGAUAGAAUUCUUUUAGAUGCUCCUUGCACCGGCACUGGUGUUGUAUCCAAAGAUCCAAGUGUUAAAACCACCAAAUCGGCAGUGGAUGUGCAAAGAUGUUAUAAUUUGCAACGCAAACUUCUGCUCACCGCUAUUGAUUGUACAGAUGCCAAAUCUGCCACCGGAGGUUAUAUAGUCUACUCCACCUGUUCCGUUUUGCCAGAAGAAAACGAAUGGGUUAUUGAUUAUGUCUUAAAGAAGAGAAAUGUUAAACUUGUGCCCACAGGUUUAGAUUUUGGUGUAGAAGGUUUCACUAAAUACAGACAAUAUAGAUUCCAUCCUUCUCUGAACUUGACCAAACGUUAUUAUCCUCAUACCCACAAUAUGGACGGUUUCUUUGUGGCCAAAUUGAAAAAGUUCUCCAAUACUAUACCCGUAAGCAAAGAACAACAGGAAGAAGAUGAGAAACAAUUAGAUGAAGGUAUUGGUACAUCUGAUGAUGGUAAAGUUACCUUGUUAAAUGCCGAUAAAGAAGAGGAAGAUGAAACUCUAGGCGAUGAUCCUAAGGGACGUAAGAAAUUGGGUAAACGUGCUGGUAAACCAACACUAAGCGAUUAUGAAUUGGAAGCUAAAAAGAAGAAAAUGGAACAAAGUAAAUCCAAAUAUAUAGCCAAGGUAUUCGAACCACCCGUUAAGGUGGAGAAAAAGAAAAAGCAACCAGUAGAAGAAGACAAAACUAAGAAACAGGAAAAGCCUGUUGUUCCACAAGAAACACCACAACAGAAGGAAAAACAACCAACAAACAAUAAAAAAGCAAAGAAAUCAGAAAAGAAACAACAAACUCCAGUAGCAGUAGAAAAACCUUCCCCAGUAGUAGAAAAGAAACAGAAAAAUGUUGACAAGAAACCAGUAAAACCCCAAGCUGCUGCUGCCCAAGAUAAAACUCAACCAAAACCUAGCAAUGGCAAGCAACAAGCUCCUAAAGUUGUGGCAGACAAAAAACAAGAAAAGAACUUCGAAAAGAAAAACGAUAAACCACAGGCUACCAAUGGUCAGGUAAAACAACAACAACAACAGCCCAAUAAAAAAUCUGCCAAACUAUCUAAAUCCCUAAAUAACUCGCAAGAUCUGGAUGAUAUGGCUCCACUAUUAGAAGGUAAACCCAUUAAAAAACAAAACCAAUUAAAACAAAAAUCCAAACAAAUUGGUAAAUUGAAACAGAAUAAAAAUAAAAAACAAAAAUAGUUAGUGAAAUGCUGGUUUUAAGGCAUCUCCGAAAGAAAAACAAUAGAAAUUUAUUGAUAUAUAUUUUUUUAAAAACUUGUUUAUUAUAAAUAAUAAAAAUAUAUAGUUUUAUUUUAAUAACUUUUUACAUUAAGCUAAACAAAUUUAACAAUGUACCUUCUUUUGCAA